UUUGUCAACGUCAAAAGUCUAAUUCAUUUUUGAAUUUGCUGAAAUACGUUGGUUUGUUAGUUUUAGCUGUAGCUGUUUUUUUAUUUUAUUUACUUAUAGCGUUUUUAUUUCAGGUAAACUAUGUCUAACAGCAAGGGAACCGUUAAUAUUGACGAUUUUGUGAAGAUAGAAAAGAUAGGUGAAGGUACUUAUGGAGUGGUAUAUAAAGGACAAAACAAGAAAACCGGCGAAUUGGUUGCAAUGAAAAAAAUCAGAUUAGAAUUAGAAGAGGAAGGUGUUCCUUCAACUGCAAUCAGGGAAAUUUCAUUACUGAAAGAAUUGCGCCACCCUAAUGUUGUUUCACUUGAAGAUGUUAUGAUGGAAGAACAAAGGUUGUAUCUUAUUUUUGAGUUUUUAUCAAUGGAUCUCAGGAAAUAUUUGGAUAAGAUUGAAACUGGAAAGUUCAUGGAUCCAAAACUUGUUAAAAGUUACCUAUAUCAAAUAAAUGAAGCUAUAUUAUUCUGUCAUCAAAGAAGAGUGCUCCACAGAGACUUGAAACCACAAAACUUACUCAUCACUGCGGAUGGUGUGAUCAAGGUUGCUGAUUUUGGUUUGGGUCGGGCAUUUGGAGUCCCAGUGAGAGUAUAUACCCAUGAAGUCGUCACACUGUGGUACAGAGCUCCAGAAGUUCUUCUAGGAUCUGCUAGAUAUUCAUGUCCUAUCGACAUUUGGUCAAUGGGUUGUAUUUUUGCAGAAAUGUCAACCAAAAGAGCUUUAUUUCAAGGAGAUUCUGAAAUUGACCAGCUAUUCAGAAUAUUCAGGGUUUUGAAGACUCCCAACGAAGAACUGUGGCCAGGUGUAUCAUCUCUCCCAGAUUAUAAAGCUACUUUUCCCCAUUGGACCAACUACAAUCUUUCUAGUCAACUGAAAAACCUCAGUGAAGAUGGAAUAAAGUUACUCCAAGAGAUGUUGGUAUAUGAUCCUUCCAAGAGGAUAUCUGCCAAAAGAGUUGCCACUCAUCCUUAUUUUAAAGAUGUUGAUCUUACAGUAAAACCUAUAAUUCCCGACAGGAAAGAAAAGAAUUAAUAGUAUAUACUCAAUAUUCUCCGUAAAGUUAAUUGGUACCUAGUUGUAUAUUUAUUACUUUUUUAAUUGUUAUUCUUGCAUUUUGUAUUCAGUUCAUUUCAUUUGAAUAUUUAUUUACGACGCUUGAUCAAUCUGAUUGAUUCAGUUCCUAUUGUUUCAAUUUCUCCACGAAGGGGUAGGACCUAGGAUAUAUUUUUGUAAGUUUUUACUCAGUAAGAUGAAUAAAAAUGCAGGACAUAUUGACACUUUCGGAAAACA